AUGGGCAAUUCGAACUCACAACAGCUUCAGCUAGAUCCGGAAAAAUAUUUUCUGCACAGAGACCGAACAUGGAGCCAUCAUCAGGGGCAUCUGAUAGUGCCGCUGACGGACGCUGUCAUUCAGCGGAAAAUGCUCCGGAAUACUGAAAACGGUGUCAUCCUGCAGAAUGAAGGCACAAUCAGUCAGCGAAGGAGGUCCAUGCGGCAUCCGGACGAGGGAAUGUUCGCGUUGAGUCCGAGUCGACGAACGCUCUCAGAUUCAGACCUUUCCAGAACGCCAUUCGACCACGUCAUGGUACCGAACAUGGACAGCUUCACCCAGAAAAGCGUGAUAGCUGUCUCUCCUUCGAAGGCCAAAAUUAAACUCCGGAAGAAUAAGGGCAAGGCACCCGAGCCUCCGGGACCACCCCUGGACCCGCGCGACGCUCAGCGACGUUUCGUCCGAUCGAAUUCGUCUCUGUGUCCCCGGACAUGGGAAAACGAGUUCAACAGUUUGAACCUGGACAGACAGCCAAGAUGCGAUUCGAGAAACCGGCAGCCGGUUCCGCAGAAGAGUCGGCAUUCCAGGCCGGAACCUAAUUUAUCACGCAGCAGACAACAGGAGAAAAAUGUGAACGGGUCACAAAAGUCAAUUUCCUCGUUAAAUUCUCACAGAUCGUCCCCGCGGAGCACAGCUGCACCCAUUAAUAUGAAACAGCGGCCGCCGAAUAAGAUUAUCCCCGUGGAGAACUCUAAACCUCCGAGAAAAUCCGUCGUCACAGAUACUCCGAAACCAUCGCCAGUGAAGCCGCAAUUCUACUUCUCGAACAUGGACGCGCUCAAAAAAGAACCUCCGAAACCCACAAUCAAUUCUCCUGCCGUCGACAAAAUGUCGACGAAGCCAGCGUCGCCUGUUGUAAAGCCUGCACAAGUUAAAACAACACCUGUCUCCACCGCGACAGUUCAACCCCUGGUGUCCAAUAAAACUCAAUCCAACCGUUCGGAGGUCUCGAGGGCCGCCCCGCGACCUGUCAAAGCCGAGGCGAGAUCUUCUCUGGCACCAGUCAGCAGGGAAGUGUCCAAUAAGCCCAACAGCGCGAGAGACCCUAUCGUGUCCCGUAUCGGAGUAUCAGCCAAUAAACUCAUUCCGCCACCUCCGCCCAUCACCAAGAAGCUGCCCGAAAUCCCGGUGAAAAUCGAGUCGCCGCCCGAGGCUCGUGACCCUGUCAAAAGCGCGGUGCGCUCCGGGCCUACGGUGAAUGUCUCUCAAAAAAAUAACAGGAACAACAAAGAGAGCAACGUAGGCAUCAUUCGACCCAUGAUGAACGAUAACAUCGUGUUCAAGGUCAGCCCGAACUUUAUCGUUCCGCCGCAAUGCGCCAGUUUGCCACAAACCGCGACGCAAAUACUGGACGAGCUCGACGCUACCCUGGAGAACUAUUCGCAAAUAAGCGCAGAGCGAAAAUCAGACGAUAGCGAUUACUGCGAACCCGAUGAACGAGAAACGAAUUCUCGCGCCUCUUCGAAUACUCAGAACCCUGUCCCUAGAGAGUCCGGAGUUUUCGCUCCGCAGAUACCUACCCCUAAAUCGCUGGAAAUGCUCUUCAGACCGCCGUCGCCGAAAGUUCUCCCACCCCCGACGAGAUUCAAUGGCUUGGACAUAAUUUCUCAGAUCGAAAUGACGUCGCUGCCUCUCGCCGAUCAGCCGCCGACGCCUCCACCGAUUCCGAGCAGUUGGAUGAAAACUCGGAAGAACAGUCUCUCGUCCGACGAGAACGACGGGCUCAACGAAAUCAACAUCAGCGUCCACCUACGACCGUGUCUCCCUCGACGACCGCUGUUGCUGGCCUCGAUGCCUUCCAGAUUCUCUCCCACUCACGCCUGGAAGAGUUUGGAUCCUGCGGGCAGCGACGGAGACCAUCAUGACGAUAAGAGCUUGUCGGAUUGCGAGCUCAACUUCUCCUCUUCGUCUUCGUCUUCAGAUGAAGACCGGAAAGAGGACAACACACUGAAAGCGCAUCUGUCGGUGGAUUCCGGAAUAACCGGAGGAUACAGUCACCCGAAUCCGAAUCAGUGGACGCCAAAAGAAGAUUUAAUCGACACGGAUUCCGAAAGUACCGGAGGUGGAAACGAUCUGGGCUUGUGCUCAUUGCCGAACCAGGCGCGAUUCACGUUACCGAGCAUGUUUCUACAGAAUUCGGCCGGUGUCGAUUCGAACUGGUCUUUCAAAAGCGGGCCCCAUUCUUUACAACAGAAAAGUCAAUCGUUUGUCUAUCUUCCCCCGCCGAAGACUUCCGACAGCAGUGUAAAUAAUAUCGGACUGACAAACAGCCAGCGAUCUUUAUCGGGUGGCAGGAAUCCCUCGCUAUCAACGGGUGUAUCGCUCAAUAUUGAAGCUCACGACCCCUUGCUUGAAGCAGAACGCCUGAGAGAGAAAGAGCACAAAUGGAUGCAGAAAGUGGAAGAGGAGUUCCGCAAGCGACGUGAGAGAGACCGCCAAGAGCUACAAGAGCAGAUGCAGCUGUUCAAUUCAUUAACGGCGAAUAUCCGUCCCGAUCCCGAGGGCGGUUGUGACCAGCUGCAGGUUCGCUAA